UGUGAGGCAAAACAAAAAGUCGUUACUUUCUUUUUUCCGGGAAACAGAGAGCAUUCUGGCGCGCACUUUUUCCUACACGUGUCGCUAAAGAAUCAUUCAUAUGUACAGUUUAACUUCCUUCGUUAUUUAAAUAAAGUUUAAUUAUUACUCCCUCUGCUGGUAAUAUAAAAAUAAAUGUGUGGACAAGUUAUUUGGGAAUAACCCCUUCUUCCCACUUUAACCUCCAUAUGAAUUUGUGGAAAACAAGCGAAAAAAAAACAUUGCACUAUAAAAUGUCGAAAUAAAUUUCGCGAUAUUGUUAGCCAGGAAACAACUAAAAAAAGAUUCGAUAUGUGCGAGAAUUACAUAAACAACAAAAAAACUCCCCUGAGAAACAGCAAAUCAGCAAACAAACCCUUCCGUUCGCCUUUGACUACGGUUUUAACACCAAAGCACAGCAAAGAGAGUCCAAAUAAUUCCUCGAUUCAAUCUCCUUUAGAAAAAGAUGCAACACCAAAACGUUCGAUUAUUGGUCAGUGUCGUCAACCGAUCAAAAGACGACGAAUUGAUAAUUUAGUGAUAUGCCAUUUGCCAAAAUUGAAGACUGAUGAUGAAUUUUCUUCAGAUGCUCAAAUUGUUGAUUUAGAGAAGAGGAUAAGUACAAAAAAUAAGCAACGUGAUAACCUCAAACGAUCUUUACAAUACAUUGGACAGCACAAAACAGAAGAUCUGCUAAUGGAAAUUAAGAAAUGGAGAACAGCUACUAAGGAAGCUCUUUUAGAAUUCCAUAAAAACAUCAGAGAGAAAACAUUGGAGACCGUAUCAAUGAGACAGGUUCUCACGAUGCUUGGCAUCUCUGAGAAAAUAGUGGAAUUAACAGAAGAUGAAGAUGAUUCAACCUAGAAGAGAAAAACUUAUUUUUUUAAAUCAAUUGCUAUUCGCUCCAUUAAACAUAAUAUAUAAGCAACUAUGUUUUUUCAAGACCUGAGAAAAGAUAGCGGGUCGUUUGUACAACAAUAACGAUUUAUUUACCCACAAACGUUAUUACAAAGUUAAUAAACUUAUUUUUAAUACUAAUGCUCAGUAUUUAUGUGGUCUGAAGGGGUUAUUAGGAUCAAAUAUUUUUGGAUCUUUGGCGUACUUAACAUCCUUUUGGUAGUAUCCCAUUAAACCUGGAAAAAGCAAUUUCAUUUUUACAGUGUAUCAAAAUUCCUUUUUUUUUAAAUUAUUGUUUUGAAAAUGUUGAAACUAAAUCUAUGGUUAAAUUUAACAAUUUCAAAAAUGAAGAUAUGACAGGUUAAAGAAAAAAACGCUAUGAUUCAAUGAUACAAAUUUCAAAACUAUAUCUUUUUCAAAUCUAACAGUGUAUUGGAAGUAAAUAAAAGUAAUAUACCUGCA